UUUAGUCGAAACAAUCGAAAAUUAUCGAUGGUUUAGUCGAAACAAUCGAAAAUUAUCAAUAGUUUAGUCGAAACAAUCGAUACUAUGUAAUAUGAAGAUAACGAACUGUGAAGUUAACCAUAGAUGCUUCGAGUUUCGAGCAAUCAAUUCAGUAUUGAUGCCAUUGAUUAGUGUCAGUUUAAAUUGCACGUGCAACCUCGGGGAAUCUCUGCAAGCUUCUGUUUUGUAGAAAUAUUAAGAAGAAGCACAUUAUAUUUAAUAGAAGAUUAUAAAUUAAAUGAUCACAAUGGCUAGCACUGCAAUGAACAGUAAUGCUCCGCAAAUUCAAAUCAAAUUUGUUACCAAGCAAGAACAAUACGCUGUUCCAGAUUUUCCAUUGUCCGUACAUGCGGCUAUUGUGCCGAACGAAUUAAAUACUCUCGUAAAUGAACUUCUGAAAGAAUCAGGCAGUAUAAAAAACGAUGUGGAGUUUGAUUUUUUGGUAUGCUCGCAGUUUCUGCGCUCCUCACUAUUAGAUCACAUAACAGAGAAAAGUGUUUCUACAGAGGAUGUAAUAAAUGUAGAAUACAUCGAGAAAUAUCCACCACCGGAACCUCAAGACUGUCUCAUACAUGACGAUUGGGUAUCCGCUGUUGCAGUUCGUGAGAAAUGGAUAUUAACUGGAUGUUAUGACAAUACAUUGCACAUCUGGACGUACAGAGGAAAACAUCACCUUGUAAUUCCUGGUCACACAUCACCAAUCAAGGCUGUAGCUUGGAUAUCAUUGAACGAAGACACUGCUAGCUUUGUUAGCGCGUCACAAGAUCAAACAGCUAUAAUAUGGGACUGGAAUAUCGCAGAGAACUCUGUGGACUGUAUACAUGUAUGCAGAGGUCACGAACGUGGACUCGAAGCGGUUAGCGUUAAUUAUGACAGUACACUUCUGGCUACAGGAUCUUGGGAUACUAUGGUGAAGAUUUGGUCUACAGCUACUCAAGAUGAAAACGAAGAUGGUGAGUCUACAUCGAAACGAUCAAAAUCAGAGCACGGUAAAACAAGAGUGCCCCAAAGAACAAUGAAAGGUCACAAAGAAGCCAUCAGUGGUAUAGUUUGGUCCGACAAAAUGGAAAUUAUAACGUGCGCGUGGGACCACACGAUAAAAGUGUGGGAUUCAGAACUAGGUGGUAUCAAACACGAACUUGCUGGCAACAAAAGCUUCUUUGAUAUAGAUUACUCGCCAUUAAAUCGCUCUGUAAUAACAGCGUCCGCCGAUAGGCACAUUAGACUGUACGACCCAAGGUCUACAGAGGGCACGCUUGUGAAAACAGUAUUCACGUCUCACACGCAAUGGGUACAAUCCGUAAAGUGGUCGACCAUAGAUGAGCAUUUAUUUAUUUCAGGAGCAUACGAUAACGACAUGAAACUUUGGGACACCAGAAACCCGAAAGCACCGUUGUAUGACCUAUCCGGUCACGAAGACAAAGUGUUAUGUUGCAACUGGUCAAAUCCAAAAUUCAUGGCGUCUGGAGGUGCAGAUAACACCGUCAGAAUAUUUAAGAUAACGCCGCUAUAGCGACCCAAAAAAUAGCGUAAUUUCGAAGAUUUUCUGUGACAAUAUUGUAAAUAUAAUAAAAUAUCUGUUUAAAGGUA